AUGAGGAAGUUGCUGGUGCUACCCUUCCUCCCGCACAACCACAUAGAAAACGUGCUUCGGCAGCUAGCAGCCAGAGCCAACACAGAGCCACUCCGUAACUUGGUGGAGUACAUCGAUACUCAGUGGAUUAGGUCCAACGUGUUUCCAGUACAGAGCUGGUGUGUUUUCAAGCACAGGGUAAGAACAAAUAAUGAUGUGGAGGGCUGGCACACCCGUCUGAAUGGUGAUUGUGGGAACCGUGCUUUGACCUUCUACAGGUUGGUGCCAGCUCUCCGCAAGCAGGCAGAGGAAAGUCUACAGAGCCAUGGACACCAAGAUCUGGAGCACCUGGAAUGACUACUCAGAACAGCAGAUCUCGUCGUCGGAACUGCUGAAGGUCAUCAGUAGGGUGUAUGGUGCAGCUGAGUACCAGUAAUUGUGAAUCAGUGCAGUUCAAACAAGUGUGUGUUUUUUUUUAUCUGAUCAGUUAUAUUUGAUAAUAUUAUAUGCUUUUUAAUACUGAAAACAUGUCUUGGUAUAGAUCUAACUUCUAAAAUUAUAUUAUUACAAUUUUUAAUUCUUCAUAUUUUUUCUUCAUUUAAAUUAUAAUUUAAUACAGAUUAUUAGUUAAUACAAAACAUGUCUUGGCACAGAUCUAACUUCUAUAAUGAUAUUAUAACAUUUUUAAACAUUUGUAUGUUUAUUCUUCAUUUACAUUUUCAUUUUAUACAUUUUUUUAUUAAAUACAA